AUGUCAAACGUCAAUCUAAACCAGUCUCAAAGCAAACAUCAUUCGAACCCAUUAGUAAAGAAAUCAAUUUCGAAAAACACAUCAAACACCACGAUUCCUUACAUUUUACAAAUCACUUCUUUAUCAAUUCAAGAACCAUUAACUUGGGCAUAUUCAACUGAUGAUUUAUCUGAUUCCAUUCAAAUCAUCAAAUUAAACUCACAAUCAGAAUUAACUAAUUAUCAAACCUUAACCACGCAUCAUAAAAAUGGUAGAAUCAAUGAAUUGAAAUCAACCGAUCAAAAACCGAAUUGUUUAAUCGCUGGGUUUUCUGAAAAUCCGAUUUUAUCAAUAUGGGAUCUUCGAAUGAAUAAUAGUUUACCUAUACUUGAAUUAAAAGGUUCUAGUUCUGAUCCGUUUUUAAGUUUAGAUUUUUCAUUAGAUGGUAAUCUUUUAAGUGCAAGUAGUGGUGAUGAAAAUCAACCGAGAAUCGAUUUAUUCGAUUGUAGAUCUAAUCCGAUCCCAUUACAUACUUAUACUGAAUCUCAUUCAGAUUUGAUCACUUCUUUAGCUUUUCAUCCUACUGAACAUCAUAAGUUAUUAUCAGCUUCUACUGAUGGUUUGAUUGUGACUUAUGAUGUUCGUUUGGUUGAUGAAGAAGAUGCAGUGAUUGCUACUGGAAAUGUUGGGGCUAGUCUUGCUAGAUCUAGAUGGAGUGGUGAUGGGAGAUUUGUUUGGACUGGAACUGAUAUGGAAACAGUGGCUGUUUGGGAUGGUGAAGAUCUGGGUUUGAUUCAAGAUUUUGGUGAUAUCAGACUUGGCGAACUUGAAAGGCCACAUUCGAGUUGGAGAGAUCCAACUUCUUAUUUGAUAGACUCUACCAACUUACCUAAGCAUGUGGAUCCGAUUCAAUCUCGUUUUGGUUAUUUCUCUGGUUCACAAUCAGGUGAAGUUUCAUUAAUUGAACCUUCUAAUCAAUCAAACGUACCUUGGAAUCUACUGGCUUCACUAACAGGAGGGCAUACUGAUAUAGUGAGAUCCGCAAUUGUCGAUGAACGAAGUGGUAUGAUACUCACAGGUGGUGAAGAUGGGAAUAUAUGUCUAUGGCCUAACGUGUUUGAACAAGAUGUAGAGAUGAUGGAUACCACAUCUGAGGACAAGGCACAGAAAACUGGGCCGGAAGUCACAUCUCCUACUAUCAAACAAGUUAGAUAUAAACCGUAUUAG